AUGCAGCCACUCCUGCUCCUGGUGGUCCUUCUCCUGCCCCCCAGGGCUAGGACAGGGCAGAUCAUCGGAGGCCAAGAGGCCAGGCCCCAUUCCCACCCUUACAUGGCAUAUGUUCAGAUCCGAACUCCACGUCUGCACACUUGUGGGGGGUUUCUGGUGCGAGAAGACUUUGUGGCGACAGCAGCUCACUGCUUGGGAAGACAUAUAAAUGUCAUCCUGGGGGCCCACAACAUCAGGAGGUUGGAAAGGACUCAGCAGCGCAUACCGGUGCUCAGAGCCAUCCCCCACCCCAGGUACAAUCAGCGGAACAACCAGAAUGACAUCAUGUUACUGCAGCUGAGAAGCAGAGUCAGACGUAAUCGAGCUGUGAGGCCGGUGGCUCUGCCGCAGACCCAGAAGAGGCUGAGUCCUGGGACCCUGUGCACCGUGGCCGGCUGGGGCCUUCUCGGCCUGAACAGGAGAGCAGACACGCUCCAAGACGUGCGGCUGACAGUGCAGAGGAAUGGGGAGUGCAGUAGACGCUUCAUGUUCUACACUGGCCGAACACAGAUUUGUGUGGGCGACCCAAGAGAGAGGAAAUCCGCCUUCCUGGGGGACUCCGGUGGCCCCCUUGUGUGUAACAACGUGGCCCAGGGCAUCGUCUCCUACGGAAACAGGAUUGGGACUCCUCCAGCAGUCUUCACCAGGAUUUCCAGCUUCCUGCCCUGGAUACGGAGAACGAUGAGACGCUUCAAAGAGUGGGGGCUGGAGUGA